UCAUUUCACUACUACUACGUUUACCCUGCAGUCACGCUCACGCUUGCAUCACUUUGUCUCCACGUCUGGCUGCCCCCUUUGCAAACUAUAAAAUAUUUGACACUUCAGGCUUCUCUGCAGCGAUUCUUCUGCUUUUGACUUUCUGUUCCACCAUCAACCAUGUUGGUUAUUUUGGCCUUCAUUAUCCUCUUCCACAUCACCUCAGCAAUACUACUCUUCAUAGCAACCAUCAAUAAUGCAUGGAGGAUUAUGGGCGACUUCUCCUUAGAUCUCUGGUAUAACUGCAACAGCACAGCCUGCUAUGAUAUUCCCAAAAGUGCCACAUCUGAAGCAGCAUAUCUUCAAGCAGUGCAGGCCACCAUGAUACUGGCCACCAUCUUGUGCUGUGUGGGAUUCUUUGUCUUCAUUCUUCAGCUCUUCCGUCUAAAGCAGGGAGAGAGAUUCGUCUUCACGGCCAUAAUUCAGCUUCUGUCUGCUUUCUGUGUGAUGACCGGUGCUUCCAUCUACACAGCAGAACACUCAACCUUCAAUGGCCACGAGUAUAAGGAUGCAGAGUACGGCUACUCCUUUGUCGUGGCCUGGGUCGCGUUCCCAAUGACGCUCCUGAGUGGUCUGAUGUAUCUAGUGCUUAGAAAACGCAAAUAAAGCACAACACACCACCUCACCAGCUGCAGCCUUAGCCAAGACACUCGAAUUCUAAUGUAACUUGUUUUUAAAAGUAGAUGAAAAUUCACCACUGGUCUAAAGUUUGGGAUAAGUUUUUUUUUUUUUUUUACAUUUUUCAAAGAAUUCUGCUCAACACGACAGCAUUUAUUUGAUCAAAAAUACAGUUAAAUGUAUAAAUAAAUGUUAAAUAUUAAUACUAUUUUAAAUGAGAGUUUAGUUAUUGAAGUUCAAAAUGUAAAUUAUUUCCAUGAUUUAAAGUGGAAUUUUCAGCAUCAUUACUUCAGUUUUCAGUAAUACUUAUAAGAUGAUCAUCGAGGAAAAUAUAUUAUUAUUAUUAUCAUCAGAGUUGGACUGCCUUAUAUUUUUGUGGGAACUGUAGUCAGCACUAUACAUUCAGUACCAUUGAUACUUACUUUUACUCAUCAAGGACACAUUCAAUUUUACAACAGUGAAAGAAAUGUAUAAUGUUUAUAAAAUAAAUAAAACUAAUUUGUGAACGAAUCCUAAAUAGUCAAAUCAAUUACAGUUUCCACAAACUUCAAAGUGGGGUUUUUUAUAGACAAUUAUAAGAAUCAUUAUUGAUUACAUAUAAAUAUGGGUGAAUAUAAUAGGACAGCUAAUCAUGAUUUCUUAAGGAUCACAUGACACUAAAGACUGAAGUAAAUUAAGCUUUGAAUCACACUGUAAAAAAAAAAAUAGGACAAAAAGUCAAAACAAUAAAUUUUUUUAUGCUGCUUUAACUUAUUUUAGGCAACGCGGUGGCGCAGUAGCAAGUGCUGUCGCCUCACAGCAAGAAGGUCGCUGGUUUGAGCCUCGGCUGGGUCAGUUGGAAUGUCUGUGUGGACUUUGCAUGUUCUCCCCACGUUCGCAUGGGUUUCCUCCGGAUGCUCCGGUUUCCCCCACAGUCCAAAGACAUGUGGUAUAGGUUAAUUGGGUAGGCUAAAUUAUCCGUAUUGUGUGAGUGUGAAUGAGUGUGUGUGGAUGUUUCCCAGAGAUGGGUUGCUGAUGGAAGGGCAUCCGCUGGAUAAGUUGGCGGUUCAUUCCACUGUGGCGACCCCGGAUUAAUAAAGGGACGAAAAGCCGAUAAGAAAAUGAAUGAAUGAAUGACUUAUUUUAUUAAGUUAAUCAGGUUUGAACUAAAUCUUUUAAGUUAUUAAAAGUGUAAAAACUUUGUAAUAAUUUUCAUCAGUUUGAUUGAUGUAAGUUGAGAUGACAUAUUACAGUUUCCACAAAACUAUGAAGUGGGGGAAAAAUACAUUGAUAGUUAUAAAAAUCCUUAUUAUUCAUUAGGUAUGAAACAAUAGUUCAUUAAUUUCUAAAGGAUCGCGUGAUACUGACGAUGAGUAAAUUAAAUUUAAAUCACAAACAGUAGAAAAUGUUUUGACAAACAGUCAACAUAUUUUUAUGUGCUUUCACUCAAAUUAAUCAGGUUUCAAUCAUUUUCAAAAUUUAUUUAUGCAAAGUUUAACUUAAUAUUUUUGUCUGUUUGAUUGAUUGAGAUGAGAGUUGAGUUGAGAGGACUAGAAAAGUUCAUUUGAUUCAACUAAAAAAUGUAAAGCAGCAAGAUUUUUUACAGUGCAGGAUUAAAUUACUCUUUAAACUACACGUUUCCAUUUUUAACUACAUUUUUUAAACAGAUUUUACAGUAUUCAUUUAAUCAUUUUCUUUUCGGCUUAGUCCCUUUAUUAAUUCGGGGUCGCCACAGCAGAAUGAACCGCCAACUUAUCCAGCAUAUGUUUUAAGCAGUGCAUGCCCUUCCAGCCACAACCCAGUACUGGGAAACAAGAUUUUAGAGUAUUUUUGAUUAAACAAAUGCAGAUGAGCAGAAAAGACUUCUUUUAAUAACAUUUAAAAACAAAACUCUUGACUGGUAGUGUACUUGCCAAAGUUAGAGCCACUUGUAAUAUUAAUCACUACAUACUGGAAACAUAAUUAGAUUUUAAUAAUAGUGUCACUUUUGUUUAUUUUUUAUAAUCUUGUGUAUAAUUUAGUUCUAGAAUUCCCAUUAAAAAGUGCUGUGAUUUAUAGAGGAAUAGAAUGAGACAGGAGUGGUAGAUAUAAUAGGACAUAUUUAUUACAUGCAACCACUAUGGGCUCGACGUGAAUGGUGUGAAGUUGGCAGUUUGUAUUAAAUAACAUGUUAUUCUGAUAUUUCCGGGUCAUUAUUGGUGCCUGGGAUGAAGUCAUUAAAACCAACAAAAUAUGAAAUAUCGUGCUGCCAGUUUGCAGAGCACUAUAUCAUACUUGAAGCUGAACAAAUUGUUGAUAGUAGUGGCACGAUGUGUUCUCGUGUAUAGUUUUUGUUUUCGUGUAAAAUAGUCUUUUAGUGUUGACUAAUUAUUAUAUUGCAUGUUUUUAUUUGUUUGCAGCAUUUAAUAUAAAAUCAUUAUUAACAUAAGUACAGAUCUGUAGUUUUUUAGGCAUUGAGUUUGAUUAGGGCACUUGGGAUUUCUGUCAUAUUCAUGCAAAUAAUAACCGUAAGAUGAAGGUGUUGGUGAAGCACACCAGUGGUUUCAGUUUUCGUGUCUUAAAGGGAUAGAUCACCCAGAAAUUUAAUUUUCCUCAGCAAUAUAUUCUCCCUCAUGUGGUUUAAAACCUUUAUGGGUUUCUUUUUUUCUGUUGAACACAAAAGAAGAUACUUUGAAAAAUGACAAUGGUACCAUAAAUUACUAUUGAAGUCUAUGGGUACCAUCAUCCAGCAUUCUUCAGAAGAACAUAAUUUGUUUUCAAUAGAAACUUAAAUAUGUUUUAAACAAUUAACAGGAGAGUAAAUGAUGACAGUUAUUUCAUUUUUGGGCAAACUAACCCUUUUAUAUUUUCGUCCUCAAAUCUGCUAUGGAAUUAAAAGCAACUAGCUAAAAUCAUUUAGGCGAAAGUGAAGUUAAGCUGUAUUUAUUAAGACUAACUGCAUUGUUGCUGUUAAUAUUGUUUUUUGUAAUGAAGUAUUAUAUCAACAGACCUGAACAUGGUUGUUUAAUGCUCACUUUUCUGAAGGUUUUAAUUCAUUGUUAAAGAAGGCUUUUGUAAUCGGAAAUGAAACCACAAUGGCAGCUUUGUUUUUAAAUGUCUGCUGACUUGUUCAGGUCUGCUCUGUUUCUGGAGACUGAUCCCAUCAAGGGCUCAGAAUUGUUCUUUUUUAAUCAAAUAAAUGUAUUUUACAUUAAAACAA